AUGCCGCCUCACGACAAGCCUCCGACUCAUUGGCUGCAGACGAAAGCAAAUGGACUGUCUCGACUUUUGGAGAGUGUGCCCUUCUAUGAUAGAAAUCCUCCUACACAAAGCAUGCCAGUCCCGAUUGCAGGCUCUCCCUCAGUCUUCUGCCCCAAUAUCGGCAAGCCCACCUCGCCAUCCGCGUUUGCUCCUCCCACCGGUUAUGCACCGGCCAUGUUCAAGCUCAAACAAUCUCGCUCCUCAUCCGCCGCAACACCCCCGCCUCAAGCCUCUCAGCAUCUCAUCAUAUCCUCGAGGUUCAAUCCAAUCAUCAACGUCACCGCCGCUCCCCCUGCGCAAUCUUCUAACUUGGAUCUCGCAUCAAACUUGGCAAGCCUCGAUUCUUUGCCCUUAGCUUCCGCAGAGCAGCCAUCCUCUCCGACAACUCCAUCCUUCGCACAUUCAGCCCCGGUGCAGAUUCCACGUCCCUCCGCUUCCCGCAUCCCUGGAGAUUCUCGUCCCCCCAUCGACCCUUCCUUGGGUGCGUCCACUGCACUUGGUUCCCACAUCAUCUCGUUUUCACCCACUGCAGCCAUCCCCCAGUCCAUGCCGAGCCUCACGCCCAGCUUUCCCGCAACCUUGUUUGGAGGCGUUUCGGCCGAGGACGAGCAUGUAACUGUCUGGGAACCCCAGACUGGAAAGACUGUCGCAGGAAACGCUGCUCCCUACAGGCGUAAUCUUGCCACCUGGUUGCAAGGACAUCCCGGUUGGGAGGAAAAAGCCGAUGAGCUCAAGUCAUCGAAGAGGCGCUCAGCAGCACGUAGAUCGAAGAGCGCUGCAGAUUCUUUCGCGGCCCUCUGCUGUUAUCCCGUUGCCAGCUUUCUCGCGAGCGAUGGAGCGAGAUGCUUGGAAGCACUCGGCGAUGAAGAUUUCUGCACCGAGGAGGCCAUGAUGACUUGGACGGCCGACGAUUUUGUUCGACUUCAGGAAGCGCUGUUCCGUCUUGGACAAGAAUGUCAUGCGCAACAGUGCAACCCAGCGGAACUCGAUGACAAUCGCUGGGCCGAUGUGGCUAGCCAGAUAGGGGGUGCAAAGUUGCAGGGCACGAUAGUUUCGUGUGCGCAUCACAUGUUGACGCGUGGAAUCGCGAAGAGUAAGCGGGAACUGGCAGGCAACACAAGCAUGCCAGGCUCAUUUAGUUUCGUUUCGUUUGGCGGCGUGGACUACGCAGGGGUGGAUGCGCCUGCAUCGGUGGGCUCAUAUGAGAAUGACGGGGCCGGGUUUGAGGCCUUUGCUCCCAAUUCUUUGCCUUCUUUCCGUGGGAACUUGGGUGCCUCAUUUCUCGAAAAAUCAUUUCGCGCACCUCGUGAACCUCGUGUGACGGUGUGGAAUCCCAGCAAUGGCCGGACGAUCUCCGGAAAUGCGGCUCCGUAUCGCAGAAAUCUUGAAGCUUGGAUGCUCCAACACCCGGGGUGGUGCCCAAAAGAAGAGGGUCAGUUGAGCUCUUCCCGCAGAAAUCGCAGUCGAAAAGUGCGACCAUCAAGCGUCCCGACUGCUAGUGAAGGGGAAAUGGAGCACGAGGCACUGGAGGGGUUGCUAUUCCUUGCGAGGAGCCCGUCUGCCGAUAUGUCAAGUGGCACGGCAGCAGCCCAGCUUGGAAAGCAAAUGGGAAAGGUCCGAGGGGGAAGGAAUGGGGCUCAGGCGAUAGACGUCAAUUCGGAUAGGAAGAAGCUCGGUAACACCGCGGCGCAACGCGGGCGAGAUACAGUGAUGGAGGACUGUAUUGCGGGUGGGCGAGGGGCGUGUCUUCGCCGCGGGCGAGCAAGGUCGCGCAGGCGCGGCGAAUGUGCGAAAUACAGCGGUGUAGCGCGACUCUCUCUUUCCCUCGCCCUCGCGGCGGCGGCGGCGGCUCAAAGAUGCGACGCGGCCGCGGUUACAGUUGCGCCGCGGCGGCGCGCGGGGGGCUGCCCCGCGGGGGGCUGCCCCGCGCCCCGUGCCCCGGUGCUCCUCUCUUCCGCGCGCGCAAGUGUAAGCACGGAAGCGACCGGCUUUCACGCGUGCGCGGCGGCGGCGAGUCGCGAGUCGUGA